UAAACCUUUUUACCAUACCCUUUGAUUUACAGAGUUAGGUUUAUCGAGCUAGGGCGAAAUUAGAGCGGAGCUAUGGUGUCGACGCCGACGGUAGCGGGCGCCGUGCUGGGCCUGGCGAUUCAGCUCUACUGCAACGGCAUGCGAAAGCUUCCACUGAUGCGCCAUCCAUGGGAGCACGUCCUGUUCAUGGGGAUCGGCGCCUACGCGAUAAACGAGCUCGUGGCGUGGGAGUAUCGCACGGAGGCCGCUCUGGAGAAGAAGAAGGCGGAGCUUCUCCGGAUCAACAAGAACAGGCCAGUCGAGUCCCUUCCCAGGAUUUUCUAGAGCUGUGAGCCUCGAGUUCUUGUAAGAAAUGUUGACAUGGCAGUGGGAUCCUGCUGCUCGUUUCGCCCAGUCGAUGUUGCCGCGAGGGUAAAGGAUCGCGAGUUUUCCUGGAAGAACAGCGUCGGUACAAGGCCGCGGGGCGAGGAGAAUCGGGAGUUCUUCGCGGCUCUCCUCAGAAAAUGCGGGAAUUCGAGGGAUUUGGCGCGUGGGUGGAGAGCCCACGCCCGGAUUCUCGCCAGCGAGCACCUCCGCCGGAGCCUCUACCUCAGCAAUCUCGCGAUCGAGAUGUUUGGCAGGUGUGGAGAGAUCGAUCAAGCUCUGGCGGUGUUCCGCGCCUUGGACAGGCCGAAUGUCUUCUCCUGGAACAUCACGCUCGCCGCGCUCUCGCAAAACGGGCACUUGGACUUGGCCAGGGCACUCUUCGCGGCGAUGCCCGAGAAGGAUGUGGUCUCGUGGAACACGAUGCUGGCAGCCUUGGCAGAGAAUCCAUCGAGGCUCGGCGAGGCCAGGGAGUUAUUUGCGCGGAUGGAGGAGCUCGGAUCCACAAGCGCGACGUCUUGGGUCGUGAUGAUCGCAGCAUUUACCCGCACUGGCGAUGUUUCCAGCAGUAGAGAUCUCUUCGAAAGGAUAGAAUCGAAAAACACGGUCGUGUGGACGUCAAUUGUCUCGUGCUACGCACAGAAUGGCUUGCUUGAUCAGGCGAGUGAUCUGUUUGAGAGAAUGCCGGAAAGGAACUUGGUGUCUUGGAACGUGAUGAUCGCAGCAAAUGCCCAGAAUGGGCAAAUGCUUAAAGCAAAGGAGCUGUUUGAUAGGAUGCCCGAGCGCGACGUGGUGGCAUGGACGACGAUGGUUACCGGGCAUUGCCAGAACGGAGAGAGCAAGAAGGCGAUGGCUGCGUUCACGGCGAUGGAUCUCGAGGGCGUGGAGGCCAACGAGAUGACAUUCGUGAGCUUCCUGGACGCGUGCGCUGCCACCACCGCCAUCGCCCAGGGCCGAGCGCUCCACGGCGAUCUCCUCCUCCGCCCCGCUGUGUGGAGCAACGUGAUCGUCAAGAACGCGGUAGUGAAUCUCUAUGGGCGGUGUGGAGAGAUCGAGAGCGCGCGCGAGGUUUUCGAGGGGAUGAGCUCCUGGUCGAGGACGAUCGUCUCCUGGACGGCCAUGGCGACGGCCUACGCGCAUAAUGGAUUUGGCAGGAAGGCGGUGGAUAUCUUUCGCGCGAUGGUGCUCGAGGGCGUGGCGCCGGAUGGAGUGAGCAUUGUUGGGAUGCUCUACGCUUGCAACCACGCCGGGAUGAUCGAGGAUGGGUGGCAGUGCCUCGCCGGGAUCGAGCAGGACUACUCGCUGGCCCCGGCGAUCGCGCACUACGUGUGCGCGAUCGACCUCCUGGGACGGACUGGGAGGCUUCGCGAGGCCGAGGAGGUGAUCGAUGUGAUGCCGUUCGAGCCAGAUUUUCUGGCCUGGAACACGCUGCUCGCGGCGUGUAGAGUUCAUGGUGAUUUCGAUCGAGCCGAGCGCGCGGCCGAGCGCGUGCUUGAGCUGGAUCCCGGCGCGGUCGGGAGCUACAUUCUUUUAGAUUCUUCACGAUACCCCUCAUGAACCCUAGAAUUUUUGGCUCCGAGGAGCAAAGACGUUGCUUAAUCGGACGUGCCCAGCGGCACUCCCAGGAUCCAGCUCCAGCAGCCGC